CUUUUUUACUGGAUUUAUGUAUAAGAGGUAAAAUGCAUUAAAAUGUAAAAUGAGGUGAUAAACAAACCAGGACUACUUUCUACCCUUAAACCCAUCAAGAAAGUCAACACUCAAAAUUCUAAAGUCUAACCAGAAACGCAAACUUCAUUUCUUAAAUUCUCCCACAAUUUCAACGAAGAAGAAGAAGAGUUCUUCCCACUUUCAUUUUCUCUCUCCCAGGUAACUUCUGAAAUUCACAUGAAACUGUAAUUCUUUUUUGAACUUUUUCCGUUAGAUGAUCCAUCUGGAUUUGUCCCUCUGUGCAAAUGCUAUCAUUCUCGUGUUUCUUGUUUUCAUUUUGGGUGUUGAAGUUGUCAAAUUUUCAGUUUUGGAUGGUUUUGCACUCUGUUCUGAUAAUUGAUUUGAAACUGUGAGAAUAAAUUUUCUUUGGAAGUUUAAUUUGCGAAUUUUCUGGUUGAUCUGAUGAUGCUAAUGGAGACUCAGUUGAAUACUUACCUGGCUACUGAUUAUGGGAUUCCAUCAAUGGCUGCCGGCCAAGCCUAAUUAGACUUGAUUAGUGAUUACAAUCUAAUUUCCAAAGAACCCAAAUCUUGGACUGUAGAGUUGAUUGUCACAUCUGUAUUUCCUUGUAAAUAAACCCCUCUUGAACUUUCACCCAAAUUUUGCCACAUUUUGUGCUCAAGUAAGAAGUUAUCUUUGACCCCUUUCUUGGGGUUAUUAUUUUCGCAGUUAAUGAUCCCAGCUUGUUCAUACUUGCUCCACAUUUUGGGAUCCCAUAAUUUUUUAUUCAUUUAUUUGAUGAUUGGGGUUUGAUCUUUCUGUGGAUUUGAUCUAGAGUUAGAAGAUGGCAGAUGGGGGAAAUCCGUCAAGGUAUGUGAAGUUGACCAAAGAUCAGGCACCUUUGGAAGAUAUCAAGCCCGGGGAACUUAAUCAACCCAUUGAAGUCCCUCAGUUAAACGUUCGUAGGUGCAAUGAAUGCGGACAACCUUUACCUGAAAGCUUUGAACCUCCUGCAGAUGAACCAUGGACAACAGGGAUUUUUGGCUGUGCUGAAGAUACAGAAAGCUGCUGGCAGGGACUCUUUUGCCCGUGUGUUUUGUUUGGACGUAAUGUAGAGAAACUGAGAGAAGAUACCCCAUGGACCACACCUUGUGUUUGUCAUGCUAUUUUUGUUGAAGGUGGAAUGGCACUAGCUGCUGGAACUGCACUUUUCUACGGAAUUGAUCCUAGGACAUCAUUUCUCUUUUGUGAAGGUUUGUUAUUUAGUUGGUGGAUGUGUGGGAUAUACACUGGUCUAGUGCGGCAGUCACUGCAGAAGAAAUAUCAUCUCAAGGUGAUCAUUCUUUCUCUAUGCUUGUCUGUUAUUACUGACAUUCUACAAAUUUAAAACUUCCAAUUUUCUAUGCCACUUGCUGCUUGAUUUGCGUCUUCCCAACUGAUCAGAACUUCUAGCCAACUAGAAAAUGUUACAACUUUUCACUUAUUACCCCAAAAUGUAAAAUCUGAGUGGAGCUCUAUGAAUUGGCUUUUUGUAAAAGACUGCAUCCUCAAAAAUGUACAUCUCCGUGUCUCGAGUAAUCAUAAUUUGAAUCACACUUAUCCUGUCAGCUCCUUUUUAGUUCUCGUUAAUGAUUGUUGUUCUGUAAUUUUCCCUUCUCAAUUAACUUGGUCAACAUCUGCCAGAAAUUUCUCUUAAUAUUGUAUUCUCUGUAAUUUUAUUUUAUAUAAUGUCUAAUUUGGAGAUGCCAUAGACAUGAUCUUUGAAAGUUAUUCUUCCUAGUUGAUGUCUGUAUCGUGACAGAGGGUUCUGUGGAUUUUAUUUCCUUUUCAAAAGCCAAAUUCAUGUUUUCUACCAUCGCGUAGGUUUGAUUUUGUCAUUGCAUUAUUACUAGCUACUUCUAGCACACCAUGAGACAGAGGAAAGCAGAUCACAUGUAUUUUUGUUGAAUUUCCAACUACUAUUGAAUUUGCUAAUGGUUUUAAAAGAGUUAGCAGGUGGUGGGAAGUAUUGACAGAAGGACCACUUACAUGAACUUUGGUUAUUAACUCGACGUGCAGAGUGUUAAUAGUUUAAAUUCUACUUGAUAGAGCUAGAUUCUGUUAUAGUAGAACGUGCAAUAGUUAGUUUUAAGAGUGAUCUGAUUCUUCUUGCAAUGGCAAUGGCACAAUCUUGGAACCACAUUUAACAUCAUCAGUAUAGGAUGAUGCCAAUGCUCAUCGGAAAAAACAAAACUUCUCAUAUUCUUGCUUGUCGUGGCAGAACUCGCCGUGCGACCCUUGCUUGGUGCACUGCUGCAUGCACUGGUGCGCCUUGUGCCAGGAGCACAGGGAGAUGAAAGGUCGUCUCUCUGAUGACAUGGUUGCACCAAUGACAAUAGUCAAUCCUCCUCCCGUUCAAGAGAUGGAAGCAGCUAGUAGGGAUCCUGCACCAUCCUCAACGAAUGGCACUGAGCAUACUACUUUGGAGAUGCAACCCUUGUAGUCUUGAUAGCAAUAUAAAGUGAGACUUCAAAACUUGGGAUGAGAUUUCUCUGUUCCUUUUGUGAUUGUUCUGGAGCGGGAAAUUAUUUGUCCAUUUCUGAUAGAGAUAUAUCAAACACGUACAUUUUCUUCUCCAGAUUAUUAUAUCCUUUGCUUUGUGCAUGCUAUUUAAAACAUACGCUACAAACAGAUAUUUAGACUGAAAGUUCACACUUUUGAAACGUUUCUUUGUGUAAUGGCACGGUUUCAGUGCCCAGACACAGACACUUUGCGAAGUUUCAUUUCACUGAAAACACAUUUUCUUUGUUAACCCCA